AUGUCCCUCCUGUCGAGGCGGGGGUCAGAGGAUCAUGUGUGGCUAGUAGUAAAUUCGUCUUCCGAUGUCAGUCAGUUACUGCAUGUUACUCCCUUAAGGAGGAUGUUAGUGGCAGUUCCAUUGGUCGGCGUUUGCGUUAGAAACACAACAUUGAUCCUCUAUUUGCUAAGUCACAUGUUGUUAUUGAGAUUGUCGAUAACGACGACCCGCAAGCGAUGGAGAUGGGGGGGUUUGCGUUGGCCGGGGGAACCAGGCGUUGUGGGCACUUACUCCGUCCCACCCUCUGUUCCUAGUGGUGCCUUGUCGGUGGCGGGUCCUUCGUAUUUGUGUGCUGCUGAGAAGGGAAAGCAGAUGGCACGAGCGUGGUCGGCUGGCAAUAGCCCUAGCUCGUCUGAUUCGGACGUUGCGGCACAAUCCAUUGAUGCAAUGCAUGUUGCCAUUAAGGCUUUUUCCGAGACGGACUUCACAUCCUAUCUCCUUUUGGGUAAGCUCGGCCUUGCUGAUCUUCGCCAACUAUGUUCUGAAGACGAAAAACAUGUGUCGGACGGUGGCGCUGGAGGCGCCACCUCGACUCAACCUCGCCACAGUUAA